UGUGUGUGUGUGUGUGUUCAGGUGUGCUGAUGUGUUGUUGUUGUCAUUGUGUGUCAGAUAUUCAGCAGUCCAGCAAGCAUAAGGACCGAAGGAAAGGAUCGCUGGACGUUCGCUCGACGACCUCUAGAGGAAGUGAUGCAGGAAGUUCUCAGAGGAGAUACUCGUCUAUGGCCAGAAUCCACUCCAUGACUAUUGAAGCUCCCAUCACUAAGGUGAUAAACAUCAUCAACGCGGCUCAGGAGAGUAGUCCGAUGCCGGUGGCCGAAGCGCUGGACCGUGUGCUGGAGAUCCUGCGGACGACAGAGUUAUACUCUCCUCAGUUCGGUACUAAAGAGGAAGAUCCUCACACCAACGACCUGGUGGGCGGAUUGAUGACUGACGGACUGCGCAGGCUAUCAGGAAACGAGUACAUCUUAGCAACAAAACAGCUGCACCACAUCCCAAGUCACCUGACCACACCACUGUCCCUCAACGAUAUCCCACCAUGCAUUGCUCAGACGAUGGAAAAUGAAGACUCAUGGGACUUUGAUAUUUUCAACCUGGAGUCAGCCACCAUGAAGCGGCCUUUAACGUAUCUGGGUCUGAAGAUCUUCUCUCGGUUUGGUGUCUGUGAGUUCUUGAGCUGUCCGGAGGCGACUCUGCGCUCCUGGCUGCAGAUCAUUGAGACCAAUUAUCACUCCAGCAACUCCUACCACAACUCCACACACGCCGCAGAUGUGCUCCACGCCACCGCAUACUUCCUGUGCAAGGAGCGCGUCAAGCAAAGUCUGGACCCCAUAGACGAGGUGGCGGCUCUGAUUGCGGCUGCCGUGCAUGAUGUCGAUCAUCCUGGACGGACAAACUCCUUCCUGUGUAACGCAGGAAGUGAACUGGCCAUUCUGUACAACGACACAGCCGUGCUGGAGAGUCACCACGCUGCGCUGGCCUUCCAGAUCACCACACGAGACGACAAGUGCAACAUCUUCAAGAACAUGGAGAGGAACGAGUACCGCACGCUCCGGCAGGCCGUCAUAGACAUGGUCCUCGCCACUGAGAUGACCAAACACUUCGAACACGUCAACAAGUUUGUCAACAGCAUCAACAAACCUCUGGCUACACUGGAGGAGAACGGGGGUAAUGGUGAUGAGGAUUCGGUGAAGAGCAUCCUGACGGCUCCAGAGAACCGGAUCCUGGUGAAGCGGAUGUUGAUCAAAUGCGCUGAUAUCUCAAACCCAUGCAGACCGCUGGAGCUGUGCAUCGAGUGGGCCGGACGUAUCUCAGAGGAGUAUUUCGCACAGACGGAUGAGGAGAAGCAGCAGGGUCUGCCGGUGGUGAUGCCCGUGUUUGAUCGCAACACCUGCAGCAUUCCCAAAUCCCAGAUCUCCUUCAUCGACUACUUCAUCACCGACAUGUUCGACGCCUGGGACGCGUUUGCUGAUCUGCCCAAUCUAAUGCAGCAUCUGGACAACAACUUCAAAUACUGGAAGAGUUUAGAUGAGAAGAAGCUGCGGAGCCUGCGGCCGCCACCGGAGUGACACACACACACACACACACUCAACACACACGUGAGAGGAUGAGUGGAGUUAACGUUUGAUGGACGGAGGGAAAGCGUCUCUUGUGAAGAAACACUAGCGAUCGGCUCGACUGUGUCAGAAACACGUCUGUGGAGCGCUAUUUAUUUUGGUCCAGCUGUUCCUUGUUUUUGUUUUUUUAAUCAUUAAUAACUAAUGAUGAGAAUCAUGUUAGCUAACAUACCCUCAGAAUGAGAGAUGAUCUAAACGCCAAAGGUGAUUAACACGAAUGAUGAUGUUAUUGUAUGUCAAAUCUGCAGACUCAGAAGGAAGCGUCACGUUUUUAUUUUCGCGAGCAUCUGUGAACACUUGGUUUUCCUCCAGAGAUGUUCUGUGUGGUCAUCUACUGACGAGACUGCGGCCUUAUUUUAUACGCUCUAUUUAUACGGCGACGGACUUCUGCGGUUUUUAACACGCUCACAUUAUAUGAAGUAAAUCUCAAUAUUUUUAUAGAUGAUCAGUUUUACACUGGAACGAUGUAGAGCAUGUCGGACUCCUCGGGGAGGGAUGAUCACUCAUUCUUCAUGUUGUUCAGCCGUCUGCAGACCGCCGGCUUCUCUCUCUUCAGGCUUCUGUUGAUUGGAUUCAGUCUGUGUUUCUGGGCUCAGACGGAUGAUUUAUCCUUCAGCUGAAUAUACGAUUUCUGAUGUGAUCCUCUUCCUCCGAAUCACUUCAGCCCGGCCGCACUUCACUCCCAAAUAAAGAGAAAAAUGAGAUUAUAUUUUGUAUUUAGGACCAUUAUGAUUUUUUUGCGUCGUGACAUUGUUUUCAUGAUGAAUUACCUCUUCUUCAGAUUCCUCUUUAAAUUCUCAUCUGUAAUGUCAAAAGGAGUUAUUUAAAGUGUAAAGUAUUUCGACAUCAUUGUAGUAUUUGUUGUACUGCCCUUUUUGAUUUAAUAAAAAAGCUAUUUUUUAUUGUAAAGCAGAACUACAAUAAUAAAACUACCGUCCAGGUGAGACUCGGGUGACAAUUUGUGCUCGAUUGUCACCU